AUGAUAUUUUGUGAAAAUCACCUACCAACGACAGAACAACCGCAAAGUGGUGAGAGUUUACAACUACAAACUCCAACGGUUUGUAAAUAUUCAAUUGGGAAUAAAUACACUGUUGCUGGUUUCUGUGACGCUAAUGAAUUAAAUUUUUUCCCAUUACAAGAAGAAAUAAGUUAUUUACACAAACAGUUAUUUAAUUUAGCUUUAUCACAUGCCAAUAUGAAAGAAAAUUAUGACAUAUUGAAGAAACAAUAUGAUAACAUGCAACAAGUUAUCACUGAUGCAAAUCUUUCUGUACGUGAUCAAGUUGUAAUUGAGAGUUUAACAAUGAGAUAUGAAAAUGUUAAAAAGGAAUUACAAGAAUCCCGUAGACUGGUGAAUGAACUUCGACAAGUCGGUUGGGAGUAUUUACCUCAACAGUUAAAAGAAGAAUAUAAAAGCGGUAUGGAAAGUAUUGAGACAAUGCGAAAUCAGUUAAAUCAAGCUCUACACUCAGAGGCCUUGGCUAAGUCGAUAGCUUCAGAAACACUCAAGAAAGUCACCUUAUUAGAAGGGAUAAUCGAUGGACAGAAAUUAACCAUCGAGGACUUAAAUAAACAGAUAGAUGACAUGAAAACUGUUCAUGAUAAUCGAAUUGUUGAAAUGAGAAAUGCAUGGGAGCAGACAUCUAUACGCUUGUACUUACGUGCAAAACGUAGACAACUCCAUAUAGAAAAACAGCUGAAUGAAGUGAGAUCAUGGUUUAAGAAGCCAACAGAUGAAUUAUUUGAGAAGAUUAUUUUCCAGUCAAAUUUAGCCUUUCACUAUCCAAGUCUCCAAAAUUGUAGCAAAUUCCUUGUGGUAAGUUCAAGCUAUUUAAAAAAGGAGGGGGGGUGGAGGUGUUAA